AUGCUGACAACCAAAUAUCACUAUCUAUCUAUCUAUCUAUCUAUCUAUCUAUCUAUCUAUCUAUCUAUCUAUCUACACACUCAUAUAACCAAGAUAGUUUUCGCCUUAAAUAAAUCAUCGAUCAAUGUUUCACUGGAGGAUAACUCCUUUAAGUCCUCCGCUCUACCAACUGGGCUGUCGCGAAUGAUCUCUUCCUUAUUCUCGUUAGUAUGCACGUACGCCGUCACACCAACAACGCGAUCUGCCGUCUUACUCACACACUCGCUAUUUAUGCCUGCAUCGGGAGCAACUAAAAUUUGCAUACGAGACUUACUUCUCGUUCGCCCGAGACUUACUUCUCGUUCGCCCGAGACUUACUUCUCGUUCGCCCGAGACUUACUUCUCGUUCGCCCGAGACUUCCACGAUCUAUCUAUCUAUCUAUCUAUCUAUCUAUCUAUCUAUCUAUCAUGUUUCGUUAUCUAUCUAUCAGUCCGUUUAAUAUCUGUUUAAUAUCUAUCUGUUUAAUAUCUAUCCAUCUAUCUAUUUUAGUCUGUUCAUAUCUAUUUAUUUUAGUCUGUUCAUAUCUAUUUAUUUUAGUCUGUUCAUAUUUAUUUAACUAUUUUAUUCUGUCAUAUCUAUCUAUCUAUCUAUCUAUCUAUCUAUCUAUCUAUCUAUCUAUUUUAGUCUGUUCAUAUCUAUCUAUCUAUCUAUCUAUCUAUCUUAGUCUGUUCAUAUCUAUCUAUCUAUCUAUCUAUCUAUCUAUCUAUCUAUUUUAUCUGUUCAUAUCUAUCUAUCUAUCUAUCUAUCUAUCUAUCUAUCUAUUUUAUCUGUCAUAUCUAUCUAUCUAUCUAUCUAUCUAUUUUAGUCUGUUCAUAUCUAUCUAUCUGUCUAUCUAUCUAUCUAUCUAUCUAUCUUAUCUGUUCAUAUCUAUCUACCUAUCUAUCUAUUUUAGUCUGUUCAUAUCUAUCUAUCUAUCUAUUUUAGUCUGUUCAUAUCUAUCUAUCUAUCUAUUUUAUCUGUUCCUAUCUAUCUAUCUAUCUAUCUAUCUAUCUAUCUAUCUAUCUAUCUAUUUUAGUCUGUUCCUACCUAUCUAUCUAUUUUAG